AAAUUCCACUCUAGAAUACACUUCCAUUCUAAAAUUCAAUUCUGGAAUGUACUUCCAUUCUGCUCAUCACGUGAUAUUCUUGUCACAUGGCAGUAAAACUGCUGAAGCGGAGGCAACUAAUAAGAAGAAGAUAUUAAAUGAGGUAAUCAUGUGAUGUUGAGCACACCGUUAAAAAUGGCUGGUAAAGUUGAACGUCUUGUCAAGCUGUAUUUCGAGAGUGGCUAUUCUUACAGGCUAAUUCUGUGUUUUUUUAUCAUCCUGUCAUGGUAUUGUUGUGUCCUUGAGAACAUUAAAAAGAGUUCUUAGAAGGAUGAACCUUCGAAGAAAGGGGAGACUAACUGAUUCUAUCCUUGCUCAAAUUGGUUCAUGUAUUUUGAGUGAGUUAGAGCAGAGUGGGUCCCUACUUGGAUACCGUUCUAUGUGGCACUUACUACGAACGAAGUAUAAAGUUUGUGCACCAAGGCGUGUUGUCAGAGAAUUGUUGAGUGUAGUUGAUCCAAGAUCUGUGGAGAUAAGAAGACGUGGUAGACUCCAUAGAAGGAUUUACAGAAGCAAGGGCCCGAAUCAUUGCUGGCAUAUAGAUGGAAAUGACAAGCUAAAGCCAUUUGGGUUCCACAUACAUGGUGGUAUAGAUGGUUAUUCAAGAAAGAUCUUAUGGCUUGAGGUGGCAUCAACGAAUAAAGACUCUUUCGUGAUAGGGGGCUAUUACUUGAAAGCCGUUGAAUUGUGUGAAGGAUGUCCCACUUUAGUGCGUGCCGACAUGGGAACUGAAAAUGCCAAAGUAGCACAUUUACAACCAUUUCUACGAAGACAUGACACUGAUUCAUUCGCUGGAUGUGAUAGUUUUCGGUAUGGUAAAUCAGUUCACAAUCAGAGAAUUGAAGCCAUGUGGUCGGUGCUGAGAAAGUGGUGUCUAGAUUGGUGGAUAGAUUUCUUUAAGAGGUUAAGGGAAGAAGGCCACUAUGAUGGAAGUGAUCCCAUUCAAGUGGAUUGUAUGACGUUUGCAUUCAUGGAUUUAAUACAAUCGGAAUUGGACAAUGUAGUCCAAAUGUGGAAUACACACUUGAUAAGAAGAAGUACAGCAGAGACAGUGAAUGGUAUACCUAAUGAGCUGUAUCACAUACCGGAAAUAAGAGGGGUUCAAGAUUGUAAGCAUAUGUACGAUGAAGAAGAUUUAGAACUAUGUAGAGAAUACACCAGUGACAAACCCCCUGUCCGACAAGAAUUUUUAGAAGUCGCUGAAAUCCUCCUUGAAGAGAACAACUGGUCUGCUCCAACUGACAUAAUUUAUAUUUUGAUCUUUAUAAUGCAAUUGAUUAAUGGAAAGUUCAAAAUGUGAUAUUGUUUCUUAAUAAUGCACAACAUAUUAAAGUUUAAGUGAUAA